CAUUGGGGUCGAAUUAAACGUAAUCAGGUAGUCGACAUGAAAACACGCUUAACGCUGCCAUUGAGUGCUCUGGCGCUGCUCGGCCUGGCCAUCACCUGCUCCUGGGGCCAGGAAAAAUUGGAACCAAGGCCGCCCACGCGGGGCCGGUACAUUCCCGAGCUGCACGGAGCCACGGGCUGGUAUAUGCCGGACGACAGCGGAAAGUACCGGCAUGAGCACAAUCCCUACGAUGGCGGGUACGGGGACCGGGGACAGCCGUCCUCCGCCGAUCUGCGCAGCAUCUUCCGAAAGGCCGAGGAGCAGCUGGCCGCCAGUGUACAGGAGGCCAACGAGAACUUCGCCCUGGGUCCCCGCGAUCAUCUGCGCUUCAUUAUCGACUUCAACUACAACGGCACGGGCUGGCAGAUCAUCCAGUUCGAAUGGGUGCGGGAUGGCGACGAGACCCAUCCGGAUAUGAAACGAGGGGGAACGUUGUGA